UCCCGCCUUACACGAAUCUCUGUUCACUGAUUGGACAAAAAAGUACAGAGACACGUCUUUGUGGUCCAUGAUUGGCUCAUCUGGGAGAAAAAAUAUCUACAGUGAUGCUGAGUGGCUGUGACGAAGAUAGACUCAAAACUACAAGCCCCAGUUUUACAAAACCUAUGCACGUUCGAUUUGAAUCACAGAGUGCCCCGAUUAACUUGAAAGCGCUGUUUACAUUUACUCAAUAAGGAGUCAUUUUCAUCCGGCAGUGGAGAUUUGGUAAAAGAAACACACAUUUAGUGAGGAAACCCCGGUUUGACGUUAUCCACCAUUCUGCGCCUGCUCUGUAGUUUGGCCGCAGCUUAUAUAGCUAGCCCUUUCAAGGCAGCUCGACUGGAAACUGUCUGUACAAUGCGCCAUUGUAACAUUACUAGCUUAGCAUAGCACCGAGCGGAUAUAGGAAGGAGCUCUGACCUAAAAUGAGCUCAGAGGGGGAAUUUGGAGACAAUAUCGAGAGCGUCGAAUAGCACAAACGUUUAUUGUGAAGAAGGUGGAGAAAAAUAAGAAGUCAGCUGUGUAUUUAUGUGGGCCCGCUAAUGCGAGCUAGCUAGCAGCGUGGCUAACCGGAAUUCACGAGCGGCUUGUCAGCGACUGAUACGCGGCAGACAAGUUGAUAUUAACUUGAAAUAAUGGCUGGUGCCUCUGAAGCCGCCUCUGACCGAAUUCUGCUGGAACCUUACAAAUACUUGUUGCAACUUCCAGGGAAGCAAGUAAGAACAAAGCUAGCACAAGCAUUUAACCACUGGCUGAAUAUUCCUGAUGACAAACUGCAGGUGAUCAUCGAGGUGACUGAGAUGCUCCACAAUGCCAGCUUGUUGAUAGACGACAUUGAGGACAACUCCAAGCUUCGCCGGAGCUUCCCGGUGGCCCACAGCAUCUACGGCAUUCCCUCGGUCAUCAACUCGGCCAACUACGUCUACUUCCUGGGCUUGGAGAAGGUCCUGACUCUGGAUCACCCGGAAGCGGUGCGAGUGUUCACCAGUCAGCUGCUGGAGCUGCACCGCGGCCAGGGCCUGGACAUCCACUGGAGAGACACCUACACCUGUCCCACCGAGGAGGAGUACCGCCGCAUGGUGCUGCAGAAGACGGGUGGGCUGUUUGGGCUGGCUGUGGGACUGAUGCAGCUCUUCUCCGAGUGGAAGCAGGACCUCAAACCCCUCCUGGACACCAUGGGUCUGUUUUUCCAGAUCCGGGACGACUACGCCAACCUGAGCUCCAACGAGUACAGCGAGAACAAGAGCUUCUGCGAGGACCUGACCGAAGGCAAGUUCUCCUUCCCCACCAUCCAUGCCAUAUGGUCCCGCCCCGAGAGCACCCAGGUGCAAAACAUCCUGAGGCAGCGCACGGAGAACAUGGACAUCAAAAAGUACUGCGUGGACUACCUGGAGAAGGUGGGCUCCUUCGCCUACACCCGGCACACCCUGAGGGAUCUGGAGGUGGAGGCGUACCGGCUCAUCAGGGAUUUGGGGGGGAACCCUCAGCUGGAGGCUCUGGUCAAACAGCUCAGCCAGAUGCACCACGAAGCCGAAGCCAACUCCAGCGGAGGGCCCGACGCCGGCCCAAAGCACUGAUCGAUGCUCCUCCCACUCCUGCUGACGCACUGACACGCCGCUGAACAGCAACGUUCGGCCGCAGAGCACACGCAACCGAUGCCUUACUUGAAUUUUAACCCUUUUUACAAAAACACUUUGAUGGCCUUUCUUUUGAUGUGCAUUACCUUCUUCUUAAUGAUGUCUGAGUGACAGCUGGGCGUUUGUAGGGAGUUCCUGUUGAUGUGAAUGUUGGUGAAGGUCAUGUGUCCGUCCUGUUACUAAAGGAGCGGGCCGAAUCGAUUUGAGUC